AUGGCACGUUACGCGCUCCUUGCUGCAGCCCUGUUGGGUUUGACCGUUGCUCAGACCCCAGGAACGACUCCUGAAGUGCACCCCAAGCUCACCACAUGGAAGUGCACCAAGCGCGGUGGAUGCAAGGCGCAGAAUACUGCCAUUGUCACGGACGCGGCCGCCCACAACAUCCACCAGAAGAACAACACGUCUUUGGGCUGCGGAUCCUGGGGUAACGGCCCUGACCCCACGGCGUGCCCUACCAAGGAGGCAUGCGCGCAGAACUGCAUCAUCGAGGGCAUCUCGGACUACUCGACCGUGGGUGUGUUCACCAAGGGCAGCGACCUUCGCCUGGACAUGUACAACCCCAGCGGCGGCUUUUCCAGCCCCAGGGUGUACCUCCUGUCUGAAGACGAGAAGAACUACCAGAUGCUCAAGUUGACCGGCAACGAGCUGACGUUUGACGUCGACAUGUCCAAGCUUCCCUGCGGCAUGAACGGUGCCCUGUACCUUAGCGAGAUGAGGGCCGACGGUGGUCGCUCCAAGCUCAACCCCAAGGGAGCUGCCUACGGCACGGGCUACUGUGACGCACAGUGCUUUGUAACCCCGUGGAUCAACGGUGAAGUAAGUAGAACUGGUCAGGGUGUGUGCUGCAACGAAAUGGACAUCUGGGAAGCCAACAGCCAGGCGACUCAGAUUGCGCCGCACACAUGCAGCAAGCCCAGCCUCUUUGGCUGCACGGGCGACGAGUGCGGCAAGACGGGUCUCUGCGACAAGAUUGGCUGCGCAGACAACCCGUACAACCAGCGCGGCGACAAGUCGUACUACGGCCCGCACCUCAAGGUCGACACGACGCGCCCCUUUACCGUCGUAACGCAGUUCCCCGCCAAGAACGGCGUGCUGCAGGCAAUUGUGCGCAAGUACGUGCAAGACGGCGUUGUGAUUGAGAAUGCCACCAAGAACAUCAUCAUGGACCAGGCAUACUGCUCGGCGCAGGGCGGCGCGGAAAUGUACAACAAGCUCGGCGGACACAAGGGCAUGGGCGACGCCCUAUCCCGCGGCAUGGUGCUGGCCAUGAGCGUGUGGUGGGACGAGAGCGGCGCCAUGCAGUGGCUCGACAGCGGCGCCUCCGGACGCUGCAACUCGACCGAGGGCUUCCCAGCUGAGAUUCUCAAGAAGGUCAAGAACCCAACUGUGACGUUUAGCAAGAUCAAGUGGGGAGAGAUUGGCUCAACUUUUGCCGAGAAGAAGGCUGCGUCCAAGCGGUGGGAGGCUUAG